CUGCCCAAAGAGAAGAGACGAGACGAGACGAGAGGCGUCCACCGCUCGCUGCCCAUCAGAUCGCCGCGGCGGAGACGAAGGCGACGACGGCGAGGUCCGCGCGGUGGUAGAGGCGGCAUCGGCUCAGAUCCGGCGAGAUGGCGGCGAAGGCGAUCUCGAGCCCCGUGCCGGUGGAUUGGUACCCGACGCUGGCCGUCGUCAUGGUCGCCGUCGGCCUCAUGUUCACCGCCUCCUUCUUCAUCUAUGAAGCGACCUCAUCCAGGCGUAACCGUAGCUUAGGAAAGGAGAUGGCCACAGCAACCAUUGCGUCUGUUUUUCUGGGCUUUGGAUCUCUUUUCGUCCUCCUUGCAAGUGGUGUUUACGUCUGAUAGCCUGGGCCAUGCAGAAAACAUUUUGGUUAUGUCGUGCAUUCCAUAGUUAUGUCCAUCAAGGAUAUGGCAGGUCCUGAAAUUACGUGUAUUUUACAACUUUCUAGGUAAUAUGCCUUAUCGACAUGGAUAUGUUUUAGAUAAAUUGAUGAGAGGUACUAUUAAAAUUGGACC